UAGUAGCUGCCCGGACACGAGCCCGAGAGAGACUCGAUUCGAGAGCAGAACAGAGUCUAUAUAUCAGGAAUUAUAAUGCAAAGCCAGACGAAUCUGAACUGGGGCAUUGCGGCGGCGGGCAGAAUAACGCAGGACUUUGUCACCGCCCUGGGUACUGUGGAGAAAUCCCGUCAUGUUGUGGUAGCUGUGGCGGAUGUCGAUGGCCAGCGCCAAGAGUUCGCUCAGAGGAACCAGAUUCCGCGUCACUACGAUGGAUUCGAUGCCUUGGCCCUGGAUCGAGAGGUGGAUGUGGUAUAUGUGGGCACGCUGAAUCCCUUUCAUCAUGCCGUCGUCCUUCUAAUGCUCCAGGGGAAGCAUGUUUUAUGCGAAACUCCAAUGUGCCUGGGACUGGACCAGGCCAAGGAGCUUUAUGCGCUGGCAGAGCUGCGCGGAGUAUUCCUCAUGGAAGGCAUGUGGUCACGAUUUUUUCCCAGCUACGAUCGCUUGCGGGAGCAUCUGAAUAGUGACAUCAUUGGAGAGGUCACCCAGGUGAAGGUCCAGCAUGGUUUUCGCCUGAGUCAUAUGGAACGGGUCUGCAAUCGGUCUCUCGGUGGCUCCAUUCUCCUGGACAUUGGCAUCUAUGCUUUGCAGUUGGGUCAGUUUGUAUUCGGGGUUUCACCCGUCAAAAUCCUGCCCAGUGGCACGCACCUAAAUAAAGAGCGAGUGGAUGUUCAGGGUGAGUUCAUGCUUGAUUAUGGAGAUGGACGAAGACUUACGGCUUUGGUGACUGGAUUGGAGAAUCUGGAGAAUGAUGCCGUCAACGGCACCAAAGGCGAGAUUAAGCUGUCGAACUACUGGUGCUGCACCCAGAUGUCCCGGUCCAAUGGCCCGCCAGAGUCUUGGCCUUUGCCUCGGGCCAAAUUUGAUUUCCAUUAUACGAAUACCUGUGGCCUGCGCUACGAGGCGGAGGAAGUGCGUCGCUGCAUUGAGAAGCGUCUGCUGGAAAGUCCGAAGUUCACGCAUGCCGAAAGUCUAGAGUUGAUUGCCAUAACCGACGAGAUGCGUCGGCAAAUUGGAGUCACCUAUGAUAUCUAAACUAUGGGGGAUUAAUGUCAUUUUUUAUUAUUGAGAAGUUUUCUUACCAUAGAAAACCUGUAA